CGGAGCGGUGGAACCAGCGGAGCGGGAUGCAGAGCGCGGCCGCCGGGCUGGAGCAUGCGCACUAGACCGCCCAGCCUAGACGCUCUCGGCGCUGGGGGAGGGUCACCCGAGGCUGACGUCCGCUACGCCGGCGUCAGCACCCCGUGAAGAGGAGGGCGAAGACUCCAUCCGCCAUGUUGGAUGCCGCAGAUUCGCCAUAACCUCGCCGGCUCUUUUCUUAAAAAAAUAAAAAUAAAAAGCAGAGCAUCAGCGGGGCGCCUCGUCUUCGCGGUCAGCGCGGGAGGGGGCCCGGAAGGGCCCGAGGCUUUUUUUUCCACCGCGGUGGUGGCGUUGCCAUGGAGACGCGGGCGGCAGAAAACACAGCCAUCUUCAUGUGCAAAUGUUGUAACCUUUUCUCACCCAACCAGUCAGAGCUACUGUCCCACGUUUCUGAGAAGCACACAGAAGAAGGGGUUAAUGUCGAUGAAAUCAUCAUUCCCCUCAGACCUCUGAGUACACCUGAACCCACCAACCCAAGCAAAAGCGGAGAUGAGUUUUCGGUCAUGAAGAGGAAGAGAGGCAGGCCCAAGGGCUCCACGAAGAAGCCCAGCGCGGAGGAGGAGCUGGCCGAGAGCACCGUGGGCCCGAGAGCGGACAGCCCUCCGGUUCCCGAGGAGGGCAGCGGCCCGGUCCCCGGCAGCCUGGAGUGCGGCAAGUGCUAUCGAAAGUUCUCCAACCCGCGCCAGCUGAGGAAGCACAUCUGCAUCAUUGUGCUGAAUUUGGACGAGGAGGAUGGAGAAGCAGGUGAUGAAUCUGAUCUUGAACUGGAAAGGAAGUAUAAGGAAGAUGAUCGAGAAAAGAACCCCAGGAGGCCGCGGACACAGAGGACAGAGAAAGUCCAGAAGAUCCCCUCAGGAAAGGAGGCCGGGCAAGUUUCUGGAGUGAAGAAACCCAUCAUAAGUGUGGUUUUAACGGCCCACGAAGCCAUUCCAGGUGCUACCAAGAUCGUUCCAGUGGAGGCCGGGCCCCCGGAGACAGGUGCUUCCAACCCGGAGGCCACCACGGCUGACCUGGCGCCUCGGAGAGGGUACCAGGAGUAUGCCAUUCAGCAGACACCGUACGAACAGCCCAUGAAGUCCAGCAGGCUCGGGCCCACCCAGCUUAAGAUCUUCACGUGUGAGUACUGCAACAAGGUCUUCAAGUUCAAGCACUCGCUGCAGGCCCACCUGAGGAUCCACACCAACGAGAAGCCCUACAAGUGCCCGCAGUGCAGCUACGCCAGCGCCAUCAAAGCCAACCUCAAUGUGCACCUGCGCAAGCACACGGGCGAGAAGUUCGCCUGCGAUGACUGCUCCUUCACCUGCCUGAGCAAGGGGCACCUCAAGGUGCACAUCGAGCGCGUGCACAAGAAGAUCAAGCAGCACUGCCGCUUCUGCAAGAAGAAGUACUCAGACGUCAAGAACCUCAUCAAGCACAUCCGAGACGCGCACGACCCGCAGGACAAGAAGGUCAAGGAGGCCCUGGACGAGCUCUGCCUCAUGACCAGGGAGGGCAAGCGGCAGCUGCUUUAUGACUGCCACAUCUGCGAGCGCAAGUUCAAGAACGAGCUGGACCGUGACCGCCACAUGCUGGUGCACGGGGACAAGUGGCCCUUUGCCUGCGAGCUCUGUGGCCACGGGGCCACCAAGUACCAGGCGCUGGAGCUGCACGUCAGGAAGCACCCCUUCGUGUACGUCUGUGCCAUAUGCCUCAAGAAGUUCGUCAGCUCCAUCCGGCUGCGCGCCCACAUCCGCGAGGCGCAUGGGGCUGUGCAGGAGACGGGGGUCUUCACCAGCUCCAUCAACCAGAGCUUCUGCCUCCUGGAGCCUGGUGGGGACAUCCAGCCCGAAGCCCUGGGGGGCCAGCCGCUCACGGAGGAGGAGUUGGUGUUCCAGGGGGGGACUGAGCCCAAGGGGGCGGCUGGCCCGGGAGAUGCACAGCCUGGGGAGGGACGGAAGGAGCCGGAAGCCCCCGUGGAGGAGCCUGUCCCGCCUGUGCCCUUAGCCGCCCCCCAGGCCGAGAGCGCUGUCCUGCCACCCUGUGAGCUGGAAGCUGCCGUGGACGCUGCGGACCUUCGUUCACACUCGGUGGUUUCCGAUGGGUUUUUGCUGAAGAACGAUCCCUCCUCUGCUGAGGCGUGUGCUGCUCCGGAGGAGACCGUGGGUGCCCCGUGCGGAGCCUCGUCCCAGGCUCGGGGCCCAGAAGUCCCACCGCUGCGGUCGGAGGCCAGAAGUGCGGAAGCAAACCAGCAUACGCAGGGUGCCCAGAGCCCCCCGAGGGUGGGGCAGGAAGCAGCUGCACCCGUCCCCGAGGGGCCAGACCCUGAUAAGCGCCUCAGGUCAAACCCAGAUGAGGCCUCGGACCCUGCUCUGGGAGCGGGUGGAGGGGACCCGGUCCCGCCCCCGUCUGACUCGUGCACGCCUGGCUCCGAGCACCGGGCUGGCAUCAGUGCGUUCCUGAAGAUCCUGGAUGGUUUGCAGAAGAGACAGAUGAACACUGGCUUGUGUGAGAGGAUCCGGAAGGUGUACGGGGACCUGGAGUGUGAAUACUGUGGCAAACUUUUUUGGUACCAGGUGCACUUUGACAUGCACGUGCGCACCCACACGCGGGAACACCUGUACCAUUGCUCCCAGUGCCAUUAUUCCUCCAUCACCAAAAACUGCCUUAAGCGCCAUGUCAUUCAGAAGCACAGUAACAUCUUGCUGAAGUGUCCCACCGACGGCUGCGACUACAACACUCCGGACAAAUACAAGCUGCAGGCCCACCUGAAGGUCCACACGGAGCUGGACAAAAGGAGUUACUCUUGUCCAGUGUGUGAAAAGUCUUUUUCAGAAGACCGAUUGAUAAAGUCGCACAUCAAGACCAACCAUCCUGAGGUGUCCAUGAGCACUAUUUCUGAGGUGCUUGGGCGGAGGGUUCAGCUGAAAGGUCUGAUAGGGAAGCGAGCCAUGAAGUGCCCGUACUGCGAUUUCUAUUUCAUGAAGAACGGCUCCGACCUUCAGCGUCAUAUCUGGGCUCACGAAGGUGUGAAACCCUUCAAAUGUUCUUUGUGUGAGUACGCCACUCGUAGCAAGAGUAACCUCAAGGCUCAUAUGAAUCGUCACAGCACUGAGAAGACCCACCUGUGUGACAUGUGUGGCAAGAAAUUCAAGUCGAAAGGGACAUUGAAAAGUCACAAGCUCCUUCACACAGCUGAUGGGAAGCAGUUCAAGUGCACGGUGUGUGACUACACGGCGGCCCAGAAGCCCCAGCUGCUGCGGCACAUGGAGCAGCAUGCCUCCUUCAAGCCUUUCCGCUGUGCCCACUGCCACUACUCCUGUAACAUAUCCGGCUCUCUGAAGCGACACUACAACAGGAAACACCCCAAUGAGGAGUACGCCAACGUGGGCACUGGGGAGUUGGCGGCCGACGCACUCAUCCAGCAAGGUGGUUUGAAGUGUCCUGUGUGCAGCUUUGUCUACGGUACCAAAUGGGAGUUCAACAGACACCUGAAGAACAAGCAUGGCCUGAAGUUGGUGGAAAAUGAAGGAGACCCCAAGUGGGAGCCGGCCACAGAAACGCCUGAGGAGCCCUCCACCCAGUACGUGCACAUCACGGAAGCCGAAGAGGAUGUUCAGGGCACGCAGGCAGCCGUGGCCGCGCUUCAGGACCUGAGAUACACUUCGGAGAGCGGGGACCGCCUUGACCCCACGGCCGUGAACAUCUUCCAACAAAUCAUCGAGCUGGGCACCGAGGCCCGUGACGCCACUGCUGUGGCCUCUGUGGUCGCCAUGGCUCCAGGCACGGUGACAGUCGUGAAACAGGUGACGGACGAGGAGCCCAGCUCCAACCACACGGUCAUGAUCCAGGAGACCCUCCAGCAGGCCUCUGUGGAGCUGGCCCAGCAGCACCACCUGGUGGUGUCCUCUGACGACGUGGAGGGCAUCGAGACGGUGACUGUCUACACUCAGGGCGGGGAGGCCUCGGAGUUCAUCGUCUAUGUGCAGGAAGCCAUGCAGCCCGUGGAGGAGCAGGCCUUGGGGCCGCAGGCCCAGGAGCUCUAGAGGACAUGUAGCGUCAGAUGGGCACCACGGAUUGGUGCUCUCUGUGGCUCCUCUGCCGUACCU